AGUUAAAACAGAAUUGAUAAACUGCAAAAUAAUAAAAAAAUACUGGCAAUAAUAAAAUAAGGUUAAUAAUGCUGGGAUAAAACAGAAAAAAAAAUUUGAUUAUGGAAGUGGAUCGUAUUCUGUAUAUUUUCGGAAGCUUCUCGAGGAAGAAACAGGACAAGAGGAAAUCUCUGGAGCCAUCCUCGAUUAGUGCGGGUAAUAGUCCGUUGCAUGCAAAGGCACAAAGGCCACUCAGCCAGUCAUUGGCGAUCGCACCUAGGACGUCAGCAUACUUCGAAGCAAGCCGGAGAAAAAGCCACCUGAAAGAAUGGAACUGUGGGAUAUGCAGGAAAGAACUGGUAGAGCCUCGGCUUUUGGCGUGUCUGCACAGUUUUUGUACGAGAUGCCUCCAGGGGAUGCACCAGGAAGGCGAGGCGGAGGUGUGGAGCGAAGUUGAUGCAGGUUCCAUUCAGUUAGAGGCAAGUGACUCGAGGUCCGGGUCCGGCGCGGGUUCCGCGGGGUCCGGCUACGAGAGCGACCUCCGACAUUCCGGCUCCGAAGGCAGUUUGGAGCAAAAACCUCAGAAAUAUGGCAUCUUUACUAGAAGAAUAUCAGGCAAAAGUGUGCAAUUUCUCGUCUGCCCGACAUGCAACUACGAGACACCCUUACCGCUCGGAGGGAUAUCAGCUCUCCCUCUGAACUACGUGUUAUUAAGGAAAAUGGCCGCCGCGCAAGACGACAGCCUGCGGGUCCUAUGCGAUCUUUGCAACAGCGAUAAUAGGGCGGAAAGCAAAUGCGCGCAGUGUCUGGUGAGCGUGUGUUCUUCUUGUGGCGAGGCUCACGGCAGGCAAAAGAAUACGGCGCGGCAUUCGCUGCAGCCACUCGAGCCGCCGCCCGUCAAGUUCUGCAGCCAGCACCCGCGCGCAGAACUCAGCGUGUAUUGUGCUUCGUGUCAGCAGGUGGUGUGCCGCGACUGCUGCGUGAUAUCGCACUCGGGCCACGCGCUGUCGAGCGCGGUGCGCGCGGCGGGGGAGCGCGCGCGGCUGCUGCGGGACGCGUGCGAGCGCGCCGCGCACGUGCCCGAGCACGUCGAGCGCGCCGCGCGCGUGCUCAACAUGCACGCGUAUGAGCUCGAUUCUCAAGCCGGUCGAGUGGAGGCCGAGAUUCAGCUGUGGCGCGAGCAGUACCGGCGCGCGGUGGAGGCGCACGCGCGUACGCUGGCGGCGGCGGCAGCGCGGGCACGGGCGCGAUACCGGCAGCGCGUCGAGUCCAGCAAUACUGAGCUGCAAAGACGUGCUGAGCAAGCUAGAGAUGCUGUUAGCUUCGCACAGGAGUUGCUUUCGGAAGCGAAAGCAGAGGAGCUGCUGUCGCUGUCGGCGCCGGUGCUGCGGCGGCUGGAGGCGGUGUCGGAGCUGCGCGCGCUGGCGGAGGCGCCGCGCUGCGAGCUGCGGUUCGCGCCCACCGCGCCCGCGCCGCACGACCACACGCUCGUCGGCCGCCUGCUCACCGCCGCGCCCGACCCCGACGCUUGCACGCUAACCACUGACGGUUUCCAAGACUUGAGAGUUGACUGUCAGCAUGAAGCUUUAUUGGAACUGCGUGACAGCAGCGGGGAGAGGAUCUGGUGCGGAGGGGAACAGGUGGCGGGGUACUUCAGACGGCAGGACUCGUCGGCGCGGCCGGCGGCGGCGAGCGUGUGCGACCGCGCCGACGGCACCUACACGGUGUCCUUCACGCCGCACUCGCCCGGCGCGUACCUGCUCGCCGUCACGCUCAACAACAAACCCAUCAAGGGUAGCCCGUUCCCGUGUGCAGCGCGCGUGCGCAAGACGCACAGCGGGCAGUUCCACUGCUGCUCGUUCUGCUCGUCAGGGGGACGGCGCGACGCUGUCUGCGGCUGUGGCGCCACCAUGCCCGGCGGGUACAAGGGCUGUGGUCACGGGCACGCGGGCUGGCCGGGCACGCGGCACUGGUCGUGCUGCGGCAGCACGCAGCGCCACUCGGCGUGCGCGCGCGCGCCGCCGCACACUCCCGCGCACGCACCUGCGCACGCGCACACGCCGCUCUACCAGUUCUCCUUGUGAUGCUGCACCUGUCGACUUCAUUGAACACAAACCGAUUUCUGACUAGUAAAACAGAAAGCAAUACGUUUUUUGAAGUCGCUUUCGAUUUAAAUAUACUAUAGAUAUAAGUAGUUACAAUUUUUUUUCAUGUAUAUUUGCAUUCUGAGGAAAAUCUUGUUUUCGCAUUAAAGUUUCAUUAUAUUCUGACCAAUCAAAUCAGAACAAAUAAAUGGUGCGAGGCUGAGCUAAUUUAUUAACCAAUAGAAUCACAUAAUUUGUAACCAUUCUAUUUACUAGCACCAUACAUCUUAUAGCCUUGACGUUAAUGGACAGACACCGUAAAAAAGCCAAAAUAAAAAUAAUAUAACCUAAUUAAACCUCAAAUUGAUGUCCAAGAGUUGUAUUAAUAAAAUCAGAAUGCAUUAAUGUAUUUUUCAAACUACCCACCUUUGUAUAUUUAUGUUAAACAUGUAUGUAAUAAAAGAAUAGUAAAGGUUUAAUC